AUGAGCAACAAACAUGCUGUUCCCAACACAAGCAAGAGACUGAAGCAAUUUAGUACAAGGUCCAGAAGCAAGAGCGCUGCGAGUUUCAAAGGAUUGAAUAAACUAAGAAGGGUCCUGAGCCAUGACGGUAGCUACGAUACGGAAGAUAGCAGUAGAGAGCGGCCGGUAUCGAUGAAGAAGUCCAAAAGUAGUGAUUCCUUGUCUCGGAUAAGAGGCAUUAGCGGUCUGAACAUGACAGCAUUAGCGAAAGUAGCUUCCAACCCUGCGCACUUGACACAUGAUAAUGCCAGUGCUUCUUCUAUCCACGGUGGUCUAAAACCACACCGUGGGAACAGUACCAAGUCGAUACUGGAACUGCGAGACGGUGAUGAAAUUUUCGAAGAUCAUUCCACAACCGACGAGGAAGUGGAGUAUUUCACUGACGAAGACCACAAAGCUCAAGAUGGCGGCUUAGAGAACUCGAUAUCAGGAGAUCAUAAAAGGGACGUUCGAGCAGCGCAGGAAGAGUCCACAGAAAAUUUCGACAAUCCGCACCAGCUACCACCACAUGAACAUGAUAAUCAAGAUUCUGAUGAUCAAGACUUAGCGUCGAAAGACUCAGGAGAGGACCAAACACUCAUGGAUAGUGACAGGGAUGUUUCACCACAGAGCACUCGAGAUGAAGUUGUCGAUGGCAAUUCGCGAACAGACAGUAAUAAGACUUUGAGAAAUCAACCCAUCUAUGGAGUGCCGUCCAGUAUACGGAAUUCCAGCGCCGACCGCUUGGACACCAUAGAUCACAUAGAAGCAGGAGGUGAUAGUACCCCCGGAUCAACUAAUGUGCGUCGCCUUAUCAGCGGUUUAGUUAACGUUAACCGCAUCGAAGACAGCGAUCGCAUUGGUCAUCGUAACCCUGACGAGGAUAUCAUCAACGCCGGUAGUAACAUCCAAACAAUGGCCAAUAGUUUGAGAAGACAUGGACCAACGCCUUCGAGGACUGGAGACUUAGGACACGAUGGCGAUGACGACGACGACGACGACGACGACGCCAGCAUUCCUGCCAGCAACCAUAAUCAACGUGGCAACAAAGAGAACACCACUUAUAGUCCUACAAUGAUAUUAUCGCAGUCAACUGGGAUUGAGAAAAGAUUCGAUGGUUCCUCAACGGUUGCUGAUGAAACGGUUCCGCACCUCUUAAAUAACGAAAGCGACCGUAUUUCUGGCGGUGAUCAGACCCAGUCUAACAACUUCAACUACAUUAACAGCGAUUUUGCAGCCUCCUACAACUCUACUCAUGUUACUGAGCGUCCGAAUAGCUCCUUAGUGAAGCCUGAUUUUUCUACGUCCAUAUCGAGUUUAUCGAGCCAUCUCUCACGACCAACGCAGCUGACAACAGAGGUAAGGUCCAACAAUUUUCUUAAUCAAAGAGCUCCACAGCUGUCAGCAACAAAUCACAACACCAAUCGCCCACACGUAGACUCAAGACUGUCUAACAGUAAUCGGCCAGACUCUUUGUCGAACUUUAAUAACUUUUCACAGUUUUUACAGACAGAGAAUAGCGGAAUGGAGUCUAGGACGCAACAAAAGCUUUGGUUGCAACGCGAAAACUCGAUUAUGGAUUUGUCGUCUCAUAGUUCCAGUCCAGACUCCAUUUUUUUGGCAUCUAAUAUAGAAGUCAAAAGAGAGUUCGAAAGAAUAUCAAGGGAAUAUACUAAUGUUAGGCGUUUCAACAAUCCAGUCACCGCAUCACUCAACAGAAACGGUCCUCGAAGCAAAAUUGAAAUGAAGAAAUUGCGCCCCACUAUUUCAUCAGGGGAAGAAAUGUCAAAAGUUUUUAGAAGCGAUAACCCACAAGACAGAAAAACAUUCCAAGAGUUUUGCAAGCAGAAUCUUAACCGCAAUAUUGAUAUACAAAAGGUUCUUACCAAAAUCUGGACAGAGGAAAGCGCUGAAUUUAAUAAAGGAUCAGAGUUACUUGCCGAGAACGAACCUGAAAAUACAUCUCUCACGUACGGAAACCACCGUUCUCAAAAUCGCCACAGCUUGAGGAACAGCUCGGCAAAUACAGUAAACCAUCAACGGACAUUAGGGUCUUUGCAACCCACAACUAGGGCAGUGCAUCGACGGAUGGAAAGCGCACUGAGUCAACAACAGCGUCCAUGA